AUGGCGGAGUACAUGGAGUCUGCGCCGCCCCCGCCGCCUGCUAGUUACCAGGCGAGCGUCGAGGGCCAGCCGAAAAAGGAGCUGCAUGCCCGGUCCGAGUCGCAUGGUGAAGAGCCGCCACUGAAGUCGGCUAAACACGACGAAAACGCGUACCCUGGCAAGUCCAACGACCAGUACGACACGAUUGAUUUCCUCGGCAACGUGUCCGGCGGGCCACACGCCGCGGCCGCCGAGGCCCUCGCCACGUUCUCGUCGUCGGUGGGCGAGAGCGCGAACAACGCCAACAUGUUUGUCCACGUGCCGCCGGCACCGAGUGGCGCGUCGCACUCAAACACCCAGAGCAGCGCGACGCCCCACGGGCCGCCGUUUUUGUGCCCUACGUGCAACACGAGCUACUCGCGUCUCGAGUACCUGCGCCGCCACGAGCGCCGCCACGCUGAUAUCCGCCCUUUCACCUGUGUCUGUGGAAAGAGCUUCUCGCGCAGCGAUGUCCUCGCGCGUCACAAGACCAAGUGCAGGGUUGUGCUCGCGGGCGAAUCCGAAGCGCCUUCAGACCGCAAGAAUGAGCGCCGCACGAAUGCGCCCCGCACGACGCGUGCGCGUGCCGCGUCGGCGUCCGCCCGCGCGAAGAACGACCGCGAGGAGGUCGCAGACCUGUCGGUGGACCCUGCGCUGUCCAACGCAGUGGACCUCUCGAUGCAGCCCCCGCCACCGCUCGAGGGCGAGGAGCAGCAGGGUGACGAGGUGGAGUCCUACGGUUUCUCGAACGCGCCGCCGACCUACGCCCACCAAGGCCCCUAUAGCCAGGACGGCGAGCACGGCGCGCCGCACGCGGCCAAGUCGGGCCACUACGGCGGCGCCGGUGCUCCGGUGCACGGCAUGCCGCACCGUGCGCACGAGUCCAAGCUCUACUCGCAGCAGCACAACAGCUCGGCGAUCCGCGGCGCGCCCUACGUGAGCGGCUCCGCGGCGAUCCACCCCGAGCUGUCCUCGCGCAACGCCGGCGUGUACGGCCACAGUGGCUCGCACACGCCGACCGGCACAAACGGGGCAAACAGCCCCAACUCGAACAACUCGGCGUCGAGCCCCUAUUAUGCCCACUCGGACGCGCCGCCGCCCCACGCGUCCUACUCGUCGAGCAACCUGCGCGAGAGCGACGCCCCGAGCACGCAGGGCGCAUCGAACUCUGCACCCGCCCCGGCCGGCGCGCCGGGCAACGGACCGUACCCGAUCGGCAAGGAGCCCGCGCGGUACUCGGUGCCUUCGUCGGGCCCGCUUUCGCCCUUCUCCAACACGGCGCUGAGCUCUACGAUGUCGCCCUAUCUCUCAGCCUUUUCGUGCGCGCGCGAUAUCCCGCACUCGUCGUCUCCUCGCCCUGCGUCGUCGGGCAACGCAACGUCGAACACCCCGGCCUCGAACGCGGCCAGCGCCCCCGACGCCCCCGCCCCGUCCGACCAAGCAUAG